GUUAUUUCUGAAAAAUAAAGCAUGUGACUUUUAGUAACAAAAACUUCAUCCCCCACUUGCCUUGUGGAGUCCGGUCAUUUAAUUUUAAACUGUACUCACUGUUGCAGCCAUUGCUGCUUGUAGUUUCAACUAGGUUGGCACCACACUCUGAAGAACUUGUCCUUGGAAUGGAAACUUUCCUGACCAUAAAAAACAAAAAGGAAACAACAGAGAGAGAGAGAGAAAAAUACACACAGAGUGAAAAAUUUAUCAGGGAAGAGACAAAUUAUUAGAAUGAUUUUUCCAUUGGAAAAAGUGUCAUGGAUCUUCUCCAAUUAGUUUGUAAUUAACACUCAUUGCUUUUGAGAAUCGUGUUUGAGGGAGAAGAACAGAGAUCAGAGGGCAGUACAGCAUUUGGAACUACAUGGCUUCUCUCCUGAAGUAACCCUGGCAAAAUAUGUUUGUGGAGGAAGAAGACCAGAUGGACGUGGUGUGAUAGGUGAAUUGCUGGAAGCAGAAUAUGCCAUUUGUUCCUCAGUAGCAGUGUAAUCAUAGCAGGGGGUUUGUACACUUCCCUGUUUUGCCCAUGUCAGAAGGACAGGAGGCUUUAUCAGCACUGCUUGUUGGAGAGGGUGGGGGGUUGUUUCAAGAUGGAGAGCAGCUAGAUCUGUGUUUACCCUGCCUCCAUGUGCUCUGCAGACUGGAAAAAAUAAAUCAUGAGCUGAUAAAAAUGUGAUGACUCAGUUAAAUGCAAAAGGAGAAUUAUUUCCCACUGUUCACCCAGAGCUUUCAUGUGCAGCCCUACUCUUUUAUGGAUUACUUUCACUGUAAGUAAUGAUUUAGUUUUAUAAGCAGAGCAAUGCAACCUCCACCCUUGUAUGUUGAAUGGAUUUGUUUCUAGGGAGCAUGAAAUGCACUUGCACAUGCUUGGUCCUCAAAUCUGCCCCAAAUAGCCUGAGAGAAAGAAAACUUGGACAGGAGGAAGGUACAAUGAUACAGAUAAGAAAAUAGAGAAAACAGAGCACUGAGUUCAAUAUUCCAAAUAAUUUGAUGUAUAAUUUUAGGAAUUCAGUUUCCUUGUCCUGAACUUCAAUUAGUAUCUCCUCUUCUGCACCCCUCCAGAUUACAUUACUGUUUAUACUAAAACCUCACUAGAACCCUCUGCUGAAAGAGCCAUGGAAAUGCUCACUAACACAGGAUCAGGAAAAAGACUUUCUGCUCUCUGAUUGUGGAUCAAAAGUCUUUGUUAAUAAAGUGGAGCAGAGGAAACUUUAGCACAGUGUGUCUGUUAACAUUUUAACCUUAACAUAUCCUGUCAGGAGGCCAAGUGAAAGAUGAUGCAAACUCUCAGCUAACCCUUACAAGCCCUAGAUCCACCCUCUCCUAAGACAGAGGUGAUAGAUGAAGUUUGAGAAAAAAAUGGAGAUUAAUGGCAGCUCUUAGCAAUAAUACUCAUUCACUCAGCUGAAAAGAGGGGAGUAGAUUAAAGUAUCCACUUGAGACUCCUCAUGUGUUGGUCACUUCAGCCAAGAGAUAAGGACUUAGUAAAGUAUUUCAUUUAUAGAUGAGUUCUCUUGCAGGUGACCAUCCUACAUCAGCCUCUGAGGUGUAAAGGUGUAACUCCUCAGACCUUCAGUGACUGAUCUCAGCACAGAAAAUCAUCAGGCAUCAGAAAAAAUCCAUCAAACUGCCUGAAACUGAUGCCUUGUGAAGGCUGGCCUAGAACAAAGGCUCAAUGGAGUUAAAGGGAUUUUUUAAAAGGCCUCCAUGGAUCCACUUGGACAGCACAAGAGCCCAGCCAGGGCUGCACCCCAGAUGAGCCAAAAGGGACAAGUGGUCAUGAGGGCUCUCACUUUUGCACAUUAACUGGAAAAUGUGAAAAUGCAUUGGCUACAUUUUGCAUUUUUGUAAAAUUACAAAACAUGGAAUAAAGCCUUGGAAAUGGCUCUACAAAAGAUAGACCUGAUCUUGCCAAGCUAGAGCUUUAAUGCAGAGCAGCUGGAAGUAGUUAAACAUUGGAAGCACUGCUGAUCUGGUGGCAUCCUCCAACAUGACCAAUCCUCAGCCUACAAUUGAAGGCAGUGUUUCAGAAGUUGAGAUCAUUUCCCAACAAGUGGAAGAAGAGACCAAAAGCAUUGCUCCUGUGCAGCUUGUUAAUUUUGCUUAUCGAGAUCUACCUUUAGCUGCACUUGAUCUGUCUGUGGCUGGGUCCCAGCUUUUGCCAAAUUUGGAUGAGGAGUACCAAAGAGAAGGAUCUAACUGGCUAAAACCGUGCUGUGGGAGACGAGCAGCUGUGUGGCAGGUAUUUUUGCUCAGUGCAAGUCUCAACAGUUUCCUGGUAGCCUGUGUAGUAUUGGUGGUGAUUCUUCUGACUCUGGAACUCCUAAUAGAUAUAAAGCUUCUCCAGUUUUCAAGUGCUUCCCAGUUUGCAGGAGUAAUUCACUGGAUCAGCCUAGUCAUCCUCUCUGUUUUCUUUUCAGAGACUAUUUUGAGGAUUGUGGUCCUUGGCAUUUGGGAUUACAUUGAAAACAAAAUAGAGGUGUUUGAUGGUGCUGUCAUAAUCUUGUCCUUGGCACCAAUGGUGGCCUCAACAGUGGCCAAUGGCCCCAGCAGCCCGUGGGAUGCCAUCAGCCUUAUCAUCACUCUGAGGAUAUGGAGAGUGAAGAGGAUCAUUGAUGCCUAUGUCCUUCCAGUGAAAGUGGAGAUGGAGAUGAUGAUUCAGCAAUAUGAGAAGGCAAAAGUUAUUCAAGAUGAGCAGCUGGAAAGACUAACCCAGAUCUGCCAAGAACAAGGGUUUGAAAUCAGGCAGCUGAGGGCCCACCUUGCUCAGCAGGACCUGGACCUGGCUGCAGAGAGAGAGGCUGCCCUGCAGGUGCCCCACGUGCUGAACAAGCAGAGCAGCAAGAGGUACAAGGUGGUGGCCACCGAAGACUCGGACGACGAAGGCACCGAGAACAUCUCUGAGCUGCGACCUGCACGAGAGGAUGACAUGAACAAUUACAUCAGUCGAUACUACAACGAGCCCAGCAGUGACAGCGGAGUCCCCGAUGCCGCCAUCUGCGUGGUGACCACAGCCGCCAUAGACGUGCACCGGCCCAACAUCUCGUCGGAGCUGUUCACGGUGGAGGUGCCGCUGCGCCUGGGCAGCACGGGCACCUCGGCCAGCCUCACGUCGGGCAGCGCCUCCCGCUCCACGGCCAGCUCGGGCACGCGGGGCUGCAGCGAGAGCAGCCCGACCCUGGGCUCGUCCCCGGACUGCAGCGCGGCCUGCGAGGAGCCCCGGGCCCCGCUGGCGCCCGCCCGGCAGCGCGCGGUGCAGGAGCUGCUCUCGUCCCUGUCGGAGGAGGCGUGCCUGGCGCAGAAGGGGCUGGAUCCCGUCAACCUGAAGCUGCCCAGCCCGGCCGGCUCGGUGGGGGCCAGCCCCGACCUGAGCCACCGGCUCAGCGUCUACAACCGCAGGAACCAGGAGAGCCUUGAUGUCUUCCAGCUCAAGCCGCUCCUCGACUGCCCCCAGGGUGCCCCAACGAUCGAGGACAAGUACGGGGCGCUGGGGCCCCCAGAGCCACGGCUGGGCAGGGUUCCCGAGGCAUAGGACCCGCCUGGGCCAUGGGGACUCCUGCACGGACACCUCACCACGCUGGCCACGAGGCUGCCACAGCUGAGGUGGCGGUGCUGAAGACACCUGUGGCAUCUGCUGCAAUGGCCACCAGCCUAGGGCGAGGCCAGCAUCGCCUCUGCUCCCCUGUGCCUGUGGCACAUGACCUACCUGCCCUGCCACCAGCUCUGGGCCAGCUGGGACCUACAGUGGCCAUCUGGGAACAGUGGACCCUGCAGCACUCUUAGGGCAGUAUGGACCCACAGGGCCUGGAGGGACAAACAGACUGUGCCGGGAACACCGUGGAACUUCCACCGGUCCAGGGCCAGCACGAGCCCCAUGGUGCCAGGGGCAGGACAGAGCUGCUGGACAGCUUGGGCCCAGCCUGACCCUGCCCAGGGGCUGAGUGUGACUGGGAGGGGUGUGGAGAUGGGAAUAAACACUGACAAACCCA